GGGAUGUGACCUGGAGAACUGGGCUGCUGUGAGAACUGGAGCUGUGACUGUCUAGCAGGAAGUUUCCACUUGGCCUACAGAGGCUUCCUGGGCAGGACAGGGGCUGGUGGGGGUGCUGCAGCCUGAGACUUCCUCCCCAUCUUACUGGCCCAGCACUUGUACCCCGUGAGGCACCUCUGCCCGACAAAGUGGCCCCAGCCACCAGGCCACCUUAGGUCAUCUGUGGGCCUCUCACAGGCUGGCUGGGGGCAGGGGCUAGUUUAUCUCACUGGGCCUGUCUACUCCUCCGCCUGUACUCAGGAAGCUGGGGGUGGGGGUCCAGCAGAUAGGAAGCCCAAGGCCAGUUGGCUGAAGUCCAGAGUAGCUGGCACCCAGCCCCAAUAGCAUGUGGGCACUCCUGCUGCUGUGGCCCCUGGCACUGGGAUUCAGCCGUGAAGGUGGCAGCCAGACACCCAGUAUCUACGAUGAAGGCGAGAGCACAGGAGGAGAAGAUGAUGGCAUGCUGGGACCUUGGAACAAGCCCCAGGGGGCAACAGUUUGCCCCCUGGAGCUUGAAGGCCGCCCUCGCAGCUUCCCCGGCUGGCCCUGUGCCAACAACAGCAACAUCCUGGAGCUUUGGGACACCUCUCGGGCGCUGCUGCUAGGCUGGGUGCCCACAAGGCUGGUGCCCGCUCUUUACGGGCUGGCCCUGGUGGUGGGGCUGCCUGCCAAUGGCCUGGCACUGUGGGUGCUUGCCACGCGAGUACCUCGGCUGCCAUCCACGGUGCUGCUCAUGAACCUGGCGGCUGCCGACCUGCUGCUGGCCCUGGCCUUGCCACCCCGCAUCGCCUACCAUCUUUGGGGCCAGCACUGGCCCUUUGGGGAGGCCGCCUGCCGUCUGGACACAGCCGCACUCUAUGGCCACAUGUACUGCUCGGUGCUACUGCUGGCUGCCAUCAGCCUGGACCGCUACCUGGCCGUGGUACACCCGCUGCGGGCCCGCGCACUGCGAGGCCAGCGCCUGGCCACUGGGCUUUGUGUUGUGGCCUGGCUGGUGGCGGCCACCCUGGCGCUGCCCCUGGGACUACAGCAGCAGACCUUCCGGCUGUCACACUCGGAUCAUUUGCUGUGCCACGACGUGCUGCCCAUGGGCACCCAGGCCUCCUACUGGCGGCCCACCUUCAUCUGCCUGGCGGUGUUCGGCUGCCUCCUGCCCCUCCUGGCCAUGCUGCUCUGCUGCGGGGCCACCCUGUGUUCGCUGGCUGCCGGCGGCCGGCGCUACAGCCACGCGCUCAGGCUGACUGCGCUGGUGCUGGCCUCCGCCCUGGCCUUCUUCCUGCCCAGCAACGUGCUGCUGCUGCUGCACUACUCAGAUCUGGGCCUGGGGGCCUGGGGGAAUCUGUACGCUGCCUACGUGCCCAGCCUGGCCCUCAGCACCCUCAACAGCUGCGUGGAUCCCUUUGUCUACUACUAUGUGUCGACCGAAUUCAGGGAAAAGGUGCGGGAGGGGAUACUCCACUGGGUGCCUAGUUCCACCGUGGCCUCCAGGGAGGAGGGGAGCCCAGGGACGGGAACCAGGUUUUCAUCGCUUGUGUGACAGCCCCUCAGGAGGCAGGUCAACGAAGAGGGGUUGUACUGGGUUGAAUAGGGACUCCCCCCAAAUUCAUGUCCACCAGGAACCUCUAGUGAGCUUGUUUUUAAAUAGCGUCUUUGCAGGUGUAAUUAGUUAAAAUGAGGUCACACCUGGGUAGGGUUGGCCCUAAGCCUUAUAUGACUGAUGUCCUUUUAAGAAGAGAGAGACACAGCAGGGGAAGGAGGUCAUGUGACCAUGGAGUCAGAGAUCGCAGCCUCAAGCUAAGAACACCAAGGGUUGCUGGCAGCCUCCAGAAGCCAGGAGAGCAGCCUGCGGGGGGACGACUUUCCCUUAGGCCCUCCAGAAGGACCCAACCUUGCCAACACCCUGAUAUUAGACUUCUGGCCUCCAGAAUCGAGACAAUAAAUUUCUGUUGUUUUAAGUCACCUGGCUUGUGGUACUUGGUUACAGCAGCCCCAGGGAACCAAGACAGAAGUUAAAUGCAGAUUCCCAAGCCCAGCUAGCUCCCUCAUGUCCAAGGUGGGGAUGUGACAAGGGUAAUGUUGCCCUGGACCUGCUGGAGAACCCCGCCCAGGGGAAGGUUCAGGCCCUCCCACCCCCUGGUGGCCCAGGCAGUGGGAAUCUAGUUAGGGGUUCUUGUUCUCAGAAGCCCAGCUUCCGGCUCCAGGGUGUCUUCUGAGCAAUCACUGUGGAAACCCCGACUCUGCUCCCCAAAGCCUCAUGCAACCCAUCAUUAGGAGCCACAGGGCUCAGUCUCCUGCUGUCCCCUGGUUGCAAGGUGUCACCUCUUCCCUUUAACCUGACUUCCAAUUUCUCUUCUCAUUUGUUGUUAAUUCCCCACUAAAGGGAGAAUGCUGUGCCUGGGGCAGGCGCCUUCAGUCUCUGACCCCCGCCCCAGCUGUUUACAGCCUAUUCUGAAAUGAGUGAGAGGAGGACACCAGGUGGAGAAAGGCAGCUGCCACUCUCCUCCUCCUCUUAGGAGAGCAGCGUGGGUUGUCAAGAGCUGUUAAGCCAUCAAUUGUGGGGUCAGCAAACUUCCUAAGGCAGAGUUGGAGUGGGGGUCAUUCCUGGAUUCACACUGAGCCUAUGUCUCUGGUCUGGGGAAAAAUGAGCUGGUGAGGGAGCAGCCCAGGGACACACACACA